AUGGCGGCGACUGACGCGAUCAAGUUCAAUAAUGGAAAGGUGGUCUGUGGCCGUUGGAAAGUGCUGGCCAGGCUUGGUGCAGGCGGCUGCGGCAGUGUCUACAAAGUGGAGGACCUGAAGCGAAAAGGCUAUAUUGCUGCGUUGAAGGCGGAAGCAAUCAUUGAAGACGACAGCGGUGUGUUGAAGCUUGAAGCAGCCGUUCUAAAAAAGCUUGCCGAUCGGAAGAACGUCAUACGACUCCUGCAGUCUGGGAAACGGACCAAGUACAGGUAUGGUGGGAAUGCCUUUAUAGUAAUGACAAUAUGUGGUUCGGAUUUGAUGUCUUUGAAGAAGAAAACACCUGAUGGAUUUGGCGAAAGCACCAUUUUACGAAUAGCCAUUUAUGCACUUUAUGCAAUCAAGCAGUUACAUGAGAUUGGAUUCGUUCAUCGUGACGUCAAACCAGGAAACAUGAUGAAUGGGGCUAGUGGACGGGACAGACGAGUCAUAUUUCUUAUUGACUACGGUAUGGUUCGUAACUUUGUGGUCCGUGACGGUAAACGCAUUGCAAUGCGAAAACCAAGGAAAAACGUGCUCCUGCGUGGAACGUUACGGUACUGCUCGCUCAGCGUGCACAGACGCUUUGAGCAGGGACGUGUGGAUGAUCUGUGGGCGAUGAUUUACAUGCUGGGCGAGUUGUACGUUGGUUUGCCAUGGAAUCGCAUGACCGUCGAGAAAGAUAUUAUCAAAGUGAAGGAAAGGGAAUCAGAUGAGAACGUAUUUAAGGUGAGCCGUUAUACGAUAAGGCCGCGUAGUCAGCGAUGGAUUAUUCCAAAGACGCUAUGUAUUCUCAUCCAACAUCGGAGGGAUGAUGAUAGACAUCUUUUCCAGUUCAUAGGCGCAAUGAAGCGCGAAAACUACUCGUUUUCUGAGAAAUAUGAAUGGGAAGAAGAUACUCCUCAAAAAUCAAAUUUGGAAACCGCAAUCGAUUAUAGCGUUCGCGAGAAGUCGACGAAGAAAGCACUUGAUGGUUUCGAAAAAGAGGCUCUUCUAUACACCAAUAUUCAUGAAAGAAAUUUCAAAGAAGUGGUUCUGUCAAUUUGA